AUGUCGCAUCGUAAGUUCGAAUGUCCGCGCCAUGGAAAUCUCGGUUUCUUGCCGAAGAAGCGCACCAAGCACCAUCAUGGGAGGAUCAAGUCGUUUCCGAAGGAGGAUCCGUCUAAGCCCUGCCAUCUCACUGCCUUCAUGGCUUUCAAGGCUGGCAUGACGCACAUUGUGCGACAGGUCGCUCGCCCGGGCAGCAAGGUGGACAAGAAAGACGUGGUGGAGCCGGUGACCAUUUUGGAGGCCCCACCGAUGCGCGCUGUUGGCUUCGUGGGUUACGUGGACACCCCGCGUGGCCUGCGUGCGCUGACUACCGUGUUUGCCGGACACCUGGAGGAUAGCGUGAAGCGUCGCUUCUACAAAAACUGGUAUAAGGUGAAGAAGAAGGCCUUUGCCAAGUACGCAAUGCGCUUCCAAGCGAACGAGAUGGACGCCCAGGUGGACCGAGCCAAGAAGUACUGCACUGUGAUCCGCCUGCUGAUGCACACUCAAGUUGAGAAGGCAAAAAUCGGACAAAAGAAGGGACACUUGAAAGAAAUACAAGUCAACGGGGGCAAGAAUGUGGGGGAAAAGGUUGAAUUCUGCAGGAACCUGUUCGAAAAGGAAGUCCGCGUCAAUUCGGUCUUUCAGCAAAGCGAAAUGAUUGACAUCAUUGGCGUCACUAAGGGUCGCGGAACGGAUGGCGUGGUAACUCGUUGGGGCGUUACCCGGCUGCCUCGUAAAACGCAUCGUGGCCUCCGCAAGGUUGCCUGUAUCGGAGCGUGGCAUCCGGCGCGCGUGCAAUUCCAGGUUCCGCGUGCAGGUCAAAACGGAUAUCACCACCGCACCGAGAUCAACAAGAAAAUUUACAGACUCGCAACCAAGGUACUGGAUUGCAGCAAGCGGUCAUUAUCACGCACCGUUAACGUUUUCACCACUCUAACAGCAACAUUUUGAUGUUCAUAUUGAUUCUAAGAUAGAAUUGUGACUAAGAGGACUAUGUAAAAAUUUAAAAGUUAUUUCUUGAUGCGUGGUAGUGGUGUGAAAAACCUAGAUCUAGAAGAAUCACUAGGAGUCUUCCACCUCGAAUGAAAAUGAUGCUUGUUCUCACUUGUAAGUACCCUAUGUAUAACCAACCUCAGGAGGAAAAGAAUGAUGCUACGACAGAGCAAGAUCUUACCCAAAAGAGCAUUACUCCGAUGGGUGGCUUCCCCCACUACGGUGUGAUCAAUGAGGACUGGCUGAUGAUCAAGGGAUCCAUCAUGGGGACAAAGAAGCGUUGCGUCACCUUGCGCCAGUCUCUGCUGCCGCAAACCAAGCGCUCUGCUCUAGAAGAGAUCAAGCUCAAGUUUAUCGACACCUCUUCCAAGAUCGGACACGGUCGUUUCCAAACCUGCGAGGAGAAAGUCAAGUUUUUCGGCCGCGUCAGGAAGCAAUACAGGUAAAUCGAAAAACUGUAUGGUAAGGGAUUUCUACGAGCGUGCGACUGAAACUACACAGGUGUGAUGACAAGAGCUUUUUAUUGAGGCUCUUGUGGGAUCCCGUGCCAUAUGAGUACCAUGGUGGUAGUAGAGGAGGUCGAACCCACCCGCUGGUGCGUGGGAGCACGGGGAUUCCAGUAAUGAUGCGAAUAACCGAGUUAAUGUAUUUAGUGAAGGAGAUGGAGGUUGAAUUGUAUUUGAAGCUAGAUGGUCUUCUCAACGGAGAUUGUAAUUGUGUGGAGCCAGCGUUUCUUUCUCGAUAAUUUCAAAC